UUGACCCCACACUGUCACUGUUUGACCUUUGGACUUCCUCACAAACCGUGCACAUUUGUUGGGAAGCUCAACAUGGACACAAACAUUCAAUCUUGUUAGCCAGUGAAAAGCAUGUGCUCAACAAACAAAUUGUUACCUGUCACUCACCAUGGCUCUGAACUAUUGACCAAAAGAGUCAGGGUGGGGUUGAGGGCUUUAUAUAGGUGAUCACACCUGCAUUCACUAAUUAGGCCAAAUUUGGGUCGAACCAUGAUCUUCAAAUGCUGGGUGUUACAGAAGGACACUGGACAUUUAAAAGUUGUGUUGUCUAAGCCUGAAUAUACUGUGUACGAAAAUGACUGCUCUACACAUGCAAAAGUACCAUGUGAAUACUUUUUAGACAUGUGAUGGUUAUUUAUGGUGAAAUUUACAAAAUAACUGUUUUCUUAAUUUCCCCUGUCAAAUUGGUCCCAGCUAGUGGGCGGGGCUAAGGGCUAUUUAAGUUGGAAAAUGCCGUUUUUCUGACAGUCUGCUGUUGGUCACUGCCAGAGGAGGUUCUCUGUCCUGAGUAGGAGUUUCGGUCUCCAUGCAUCAAACAUCUACUAAGAUUGUGGGUGCUUUGUUUUUUCUGUCGUUGUUCACCUUUUGACACUUUUUGGGAUUUCAAUAAAUGUUUGUAAACUCUCACCAACUGCGUGCCUUGCCAUCCUUGAUUUGAAAGUCUGGUUUGCAAAGGUUACAUUACCUUCACCCGAGCCUGGGUGUGACAUAUGGUGGCAGUGGUGGGAUGGCAAGCCGCAGAGUUUACAAACAUUUAUCUGGCAGAGGGCAGGCCAGAACUGGUUUGAGAUCCCAAGUGUCGGAGGUGGCAAUGACAGAGGAGACUGAUGAGAUGGCUGGUCGAGGGGCCACGGCGAUGAGGCUGGACCGGACGACUAUGGCUGAGGAGCAUGAAGUUGGAUGGAACACCGAGGAGUCCGAAGAAGACGUCAAAGGUUUUGAGAACUCUGGGGCUAGGCGUAAGCAGCAUAGGAAGGGGUCUAGGAAGGCUAGGUGGUCUGCUGAGCCACCAAGGACUGAAAGAGUGUUAAGUGAACCUACCCUGGUUAAUAUGUUCCAAGACUUUUUGAUUGGACAGCAACGUAGGGAAGCUGUCCUAGUUCGUGAACUCCAGGAGUUAAAAACUGUCUGUACAAGACCUAGCCUAGAUCACUCACUCACUAACCAAAAUGCUAACCGUACUCCUGACGAUAGUUGUGAGCAGUCGCCCAAACCCAAACCCAGAACUCGCCCACAUCCAAAUCUUAGUCCUCAAGCGUCGCCGUCCAGAGAUUCCUCGCCACCUGACCAUCAUCUCCGACAAGGCCCAAAGAUGCUCCCUUUCCAGCAGGGUGAGGACAUCGAAAACUUUCUUGUCCGCUUCGAGCGCAUCGCUCGCACCUGGGGCUGGCAUCAGUCUGACUGGGCCUGCCGACUUGUUCCACUCUUGACCGGUAAAGCUCUGGAUGCCUAUUCUGCGAUGGAGGAAGAUGCUUCCAACGUCUAUGCUGACCUUAAAGAAGCCCUCCUUGCUAAGUUUGAUAUCUCUCCUGAGACUUAUAGGCUCCAGUUCCGGUCAACCUACAUUCCCCCUGGUGAAUCUCCCAAGGAGACUUACAACAGACUCAAAGGUCUCUACAGAAGAUGGAUCAAGCCGGAGCAGCGUUCCAAAGAAGACAUCGCAGAGCUUUUCAUCCUGGAGCAAAUGAUUCGCUUGCUGCCCAACGAAAUGAAGACUUGGGUCAAGGAACACGAGCCAGAAGACUGA